AUGCAAGGCGAGAAAUCUAUCUAUUUACCAUCACAAAACAUAAUCAAGGUUCACCCCUUGGUCAUCUUUAACAUCUUGGAUCAUUAUAUCAGAAGAAACGAAGGUCAAGACAGAGUUAUUGGUACCUUGUUGGGUUUCAACAAUGAUGGUGUCAUUGAAAUUAGAAACUGUUUCCCAGUUGUUCACUCUGAAGGUGAUCAAAUUGCAGUAGAAAUGGAAUUUCAUAGAAAGAUGUUAGAUUUACAUUUAAAGAGCUCACCACGUGAACCAAUUGUUGGAUGGUAUGCAACUGGGUCUGACAUUAAUGAAAACUCUGUCAUUAUCAAUAACUUUUACCGUGAGGAAAUGAACGGCACACCAGUUCAUUUGACCGUCGACACUGGUCUCACCAACGACACCAUGGGCAUCCAUGCCUACCAAGCACAUCAAUUGAGCACCACCUCUGACAGUUCACUCGGAUCAUACUUUUCACCACUCCCACUCGAAAUCCUUUCAUUCGAUGCAGAGAAUGCAGGUAUCGAUGCUUUAACCUCAAAUAACUCCCAAUUACACCAACAACCACAACAACCACAAUUGCAAGAAGGCGAACAAACCACCACCGAACAAACUCAAGAAGGCGAACAACAACAACAACAACCACAACAACCACAACCACAACAAUCUGUUUCAUUAUUGACUGAACUCGAAAGUUUAAGAGGAUCGCUCACCAAGCUCGAUACUAUGCUCGACGACGUUGCCAACUAUAUCGAAGCUGUUGAGAGAGGUGAAAUCCAAGGCGACCCACGUAUCGGUCGUUUCCUCGCCAAGACCAUCCAAUCACUACCAAAGAGCAACACCCAAGUUAUGGACAAGGUUAUCAACAACAGCGUAAAGGAUCUCCUCAUGAUUGUUUACAUUUCCUCUUUGACAAGAUCUCAAUUGGCUGUAGCUGAGAAGCUUCGUCAAUCUUUGACCUUUUAA